AUGCCACGUGUUGUUUUCUCGGAGAACAAUGAUAUAUGUCCUGUCGGAUCACCUUCCCUCGCCGAGUUGUUAAAAGACUGCGAUAGUUUCCGGAAGGAAGAUUUUGGCAACCGAGCCGGAAGCGAAGAUCCUGCUCAUUACACGAUAGAUGUCGAAGCCUUACACGUAGAACCAGUACCGUUCGUCUUAGCCUUUAACAAUCUUGAAUAUGAUGUCACACUUCGCCGAGGGAUUGGUUUCUCACGAAAAAGCUCUGUGAAAAAGACUCUACUCGCUGAUGUUUCCGGUGAGGUUUGUGACGGCGAGGUUCUUGCCGUUCUUGGUGCAAGCGGAGCAGGGAAGUCCACUUUGAUCGACGCGUUAGCAGGGAGGGUUGCGGAGACGAGCUUGAGAGGCUCAGUAACACUUAACGGAGAGAAGAUUUUGCAAUCUCGGUUGUUGAAAGUGAUAUCAGCGUAUGUGAUGCAAGAUGAUCUUCUUUUCCCAAUGCUUACCGUUAAAGAAACCCUAGUUUUCGCUUCGGAGUUUCGUCUCCCAAGAACCUUGUCCAAAUCCAAGAAGAUGGAACGUGUUGAAACCCUAAUUGACCAAUUAGGGCUCAGAAACGCGGUGGAUACUGUGAUCGGAGAUGAAGGACACCGUGGAGUCUCUGGUGGAGAGAGACGCCGUGUUUCAAUAGGGAUCGAUAUUAUCCAUGAUCCGAUCGUUUUGUUUCUUGACGAACCUACGUCGGGGCUGGACUCAACCAACGCUUUUAUGGUGGUGCAAGUUCUUAAACGAAUAGCUAGGAGUGGGAGUAUUGUGAUUAUGUCGAUCCAUCAACCUAGUGCUCGUAUUAUAGAUUUGCUUGAUCGUCUUAUCCUCUUGUCUCGCGGCAAGAAUGUGUUCAAUGGAUCUCCAACGAGUCUACCUCAAUUCUUCAAUGAGUUUGGUUAUCCCAUCCCUGAGAAAGAGAACAUCACGGAGUUCGCACUUGAUUUGAUUCGACAACUCGAAGGAUCCAAUGAAGGAACCAAAGAGUUAGUAGAAUUCAACGAAAAGUGGCAGCAGGACAAGCUCAAACUCAGCCAAUCCGCUCGGGCCACCCCACAAACCACGUCUCACCCAGGCUUAUCUUUAAAAGAAUCAAUCAAUGCAAGUGUUUCAAGAGGUAAACUAGUCUCAGGCUCAUCUGGAGUCAAUCCCAUUUCCAUGGAAACAAUAUCUUCAUAUGCGAAUCCAUUAUUUUUUGAGACAAUCAUCUUAGCCAAACGGUACAUGAAAAACUGGAUCCGGAUGCCUGAGCUCAUCGGAACACGGAUCGCUACCGUCAUGGUGACUGCUAUUCUCUUAGCCACCAUGUAUUGGAAGCUAGACAACACUCCAAGAAGUGCAGAAGAGAGAUUGACAUUAUUCGCGUUCGUCGUGCCAACAAUGUUCUACUUGUCUCUAGACAAUGUCCCAGUUUUUAUUCAAGAACGAUACAUUUUCUUGAGAGAGACAACGCGCAACGCGUACAGAACAUCUUCUUACGUCAUAUCUCACUCUCUUGUGUCCUUGCCUCAGCUCAUUCCCCAUUCCUUUGUAUUUGCGUCGAUCACAUUCUGGACUAUUGGGUUAAGCGGCGGGUUAGAAGGUUUCUUCUUCUAUUCUCUCAUAAUCUAUGCCUCAUUUUGGUCAGGAGCCUCUCUCGUUACCUUCAUAUCUGGCGUUGUUCCCAAUAUCAUGAUAAGUUACAUGGUCAUUAUCUCCUAUGUCGCCUAUUGUUUACUGUUGAGUGGGUUCUACGUCAACAGAGAUAGGAUACCAAUCUAUUGGAUAUGGUUUCAUUACAUUUCACCGCUCAAGUAUCCGUACGAGGCUGUCUUAAUCAACGAGUUUGAUGACCCGUUACGUUGUUUUGUUAAAGGAGUCCAAGUAUUCGACGGUACUCUUCUCGGAGGUGAGUCUUAUUCCAGGAAGAUUAAGCUCCUUGAAACUCUUAGUAGAUCUUUGAGAAAUAAUAUAACGGAGUCCACAUGCUUAAGGACAGGGCCUAACUUACUUACACAACAAGGUAUCACUCAAUUAAGCAAAUGGGAUUGCUUGUGGAUCACGGUAGCUUCAGGUUUCCUCUUUAGGAUCUUGUUUUACUUCGCCUUGCUGUUUGGGAGCAGAAAUAAAAGAACAUGA